UCUGCUGCUCCUCCAUCCCAACCUAAAGCUGAUCAGUUUGGUGGUCCACCCCAGCAAUGGCAACAUGGCAUUCCUCCUCCAACCGAUGGUGGAGCAACAUUGCCUCCCAAGCCAAGUCCACCCCCCGGAGUUCUGUUGAAUCAGCAAGCAUCUCCUCCUAUGUAUUCUACAAGUGGCACAAGUUUGGAAUCUGAGAGACAAUACCACGCACCAUCUCCUGCCAUUGCCUUUGGACUGUCACAAAGCUCGUUUACAUAUGAAGAACUUGCAUUUGCAACAAAUGGAUUCUCAGACUCAAAUCUUCUUGGUCAAGGUGGUUUUGGCUAUGUUCAUAAAGGAGUCCUCCGAAAUGGAAAAACUGUUGCAAUUAAGCAGCUGAAAUCUGGAAGCAGACAGGGGGAGCGUGAGUUCCAGGCUGAAGUGGAGGUCAUUAGUCGAGUCCAUCACAGACAUCUUGUUUCCUUAGUUGGAUACUGCAUUGCUGGAGUCCAGAGGAUGCUUGUCUAUGAGUUUGUCCCAAACAAUACACUAGAAUUCCAUUUACAUGGAAAAGAUAGAACAACAAUGGACUGGGCAACAAGGAUGAAAAUUGCUAUUGGAUCUGCAAAGGGAUUGGCUUAUCUGCAUGAGGACUGUCACCCAAAAAUCAUACAUCGUGACAUCAAGGCAUCAAACAUUCUUCUUGAUGACAAUUUUGAGGCGAAGGUUGCAGAUUUUGGACUUGCCAAAUUUUCAUCAGAUGCUGAGACCCACGUCUCCACUCGAGUAAUGGGAACCUUUGGAUACCUGGCUCCAGAAUAUGCUGCCAGUGGGAAGCUCACUGAGAAGUCAGAUGUCUUCUCCUUUGGUGUUGUGCUUUUGGAGUUGAUUACAGGGCGAAGACCUGUUGAUAAAACUGAGUCUUUUGCAGAUGACAGUAUGGUUGAGUGGGCAAGACCUUUGCUUUCUCAAGCUAUGGAAAAUGGCAACUUCGAUGCUCUUGCUGAUCCAAGGUUGCAGAAUAGCUACAACUCUGAUGAGAUGCUUCGAAUGAUUGCCUGCGCUGCAAAUUGUGUGCGCUAUUCAGCUAGGCAUCGGCCUCGAAUGAGCCAGGUAGUUCGGGCUCUAGAAGGCAAUAUUUCUUUGGAUGACCUGAAUGAGGGGAGCACACCUGGGCACAGCAGAGCACUUAGUUCCUUCGAAAGUUCAGGUUAUGAUGCUGGCCAAUACAAUGAGGACCUAAAGAAGUUCAGGAAGCUGGCACUAGAGCAAGAAACUAGUGAAUACAGUGGCCCCAGUAGCGAUUAUGGUCAACAACGGUCUGCCUCAAGCAGUUCGGGCCCGCAAAAUACGCAGGAGAAAUAAUGGGGAAUGUGGAACUGGAGAUUCGCUGAGUUUCGGUGGAAGCCUUUGAGUCUUUGGCUGAUAAUUAUUACGAGUUGAGGGAGGAGGAUUGGCACUUCAUUUGUUGAAAAAUGAACACCUGAGUCGUUGGUAAAUAUAAUUUGUUGGUAGAUUUUGCAGGUUCAGCGUACAAAUUGGUUUGUUCGUUGAUUUCAACAAUUUAAUUUUUCCCUCAGAAGUAAGAUUCUCUUGGGCAAUGUAAUUGAAAUGAGUGUAAGCUGGUUUCACCCUGGAAGCAGACAUCUGCUGAACAAAAGAAAGCCGCAACAUUGAGUGUCUUGAGACGAAGGGGUGGAUCUGAAUUUGUUUGGUUUCCUUUGUAAGGAUGCGUUAUACAAUUAGAUUGCUGGCAUUGAUUUUUCUUGUAUUUAUAGUAAUGUUAAUAUUAUGAGUAA